CUGGGGGCUGGGUCCUGCCCUGCGACGCCUGCCAGGCUCUUUGUAGACAGUUAUUGAUCUCCCAUUGGCUCCGGUUUCAUGGCUCUAAGUGUUUCUGUCCCUCCCUCCACACUCCCUGCCUCUCUGCUGAGUAGUUAAUUCACUAUAAGCACGCUCCAGAGGACGGCUCCAGCCUCGCAGUGAAACUGCAGCGAUGAAUGAGAACGAUCGGGCACCCAGGUCUGCCUCCAAGUCUCGCUGAUGGCCCAGAGACCAUGCAGCGGGAGGGUUGGCAUCGAGCUGAGGGUUUGAACUCUGGCUGCGCCCCUGCUGCCAGGGGACCUCAGGCAAGUCAUCUUUUUCUCUGGGCCUUGGUUUCCUCAGCUGUGGGGUCGGCGCCAGCCCCGAGUCACUGGGCCGUUGUGAGGAUGGAGAGGGGGUCGUGCAGGCUCCUGGGUCCUCACCGGAGCCACCCAGCAGUUCUUCUGCACUCUCAGGGGAGUCCGUGUGCCGACAUCUGAGGGUCACGGUUCAAUGGCUUCAGGGUCCAGACAGGCCCGGAGGCCAGGCCGGAUGUGGUGCAGCCAGGGGAGGGGGCAAGCCCCGGGAGCCGUGGGUCAUCGGUUCACACCCACAUCAGGGGCCAGGAAUCCCACUCGGGGCUUAGCCCUAGGCUGCCCCCAGCACCCCCCUCCCAAUCCAGGGGACAUUCCCAGCCCUGAGCAGUGAGCCCUGGGCAGGCAUCAGGAGAGGGAGUGCAUCUCGGCUCUUUGUGAGGAAUUACGUCCAACAGGUCACUGGCACAGAAAAGCCCUUUGUCCCAGCCAGCUGGCUGCCUGCUAAUGAUGUCCUGCCUGCACCCUUCCAAGGCCACCUCUGCAUCCAGAAAGGACGGAGGCGGAUGGAGCUCAGAUGACCCUCAAGACCUGCUGUAGAUCCAGUGACCCCUCCAAGGAGAGUGCUGAGUUCUGGGAAAUUCUCUUCCUCCUCCUUCGCCUCCAAGUCACCUUGCCCUCUCCCGUGUUCCCCAGCCAGGCCCCCAGUAGAGAGGAGACCCCUGCAGUUGUGGAUGUGGCUUCCCCCAGUGUCCACGAGACCCCUGGGCCCCGGGCCGGCUCUGGGGGCAGCCCUGGGCUGCCAGCAGGUGUCUCCCAGCUGCUGAGAAUGAGCCAAGGGACCAGGAUGGCCGCCUGGCUCCUGCAAGUGGAGAGGGUCUCGCUGGGGCCUGAACUGGCUGAGGUCUUGCAGCAGGGCACCGCUCAAUCACACUCGGCCAAGUGCAGGACACCUGAACGCCUGCUGCCAGGCCUGCCCUCCCAGGGCAGCGUCGGUGCCGAGGACCCUGCCCGCCUGCUGAGCGGCGCACCCAGUUCUCCAGGAGCUCAGCUCUUCCUCUACUCAGUGCCUCCUCCCACCUGUCCCUCCUCAGCCCUGCCCUCCCCAGCACUCCAGGCAAGACCAAGACCACACCUCAGCCAACCCCUCCUCAUUCCCAGCCCCACCCACCCUCCUGGACCACCACAAGUGUGCCCCACGCCAGAGUCCCCUCAUGCCCUGGCCCCAGCUGGGGGCCCACAGCAAGCCCCUCCCCAGCCUGGUCUCCUUCCUUACAGGAAGGGGACGCUGGACACUUAGCCCCCUACAGGGAGCCCAGAGCCAGAACUGGGUGAAGGUGCCUUUGGGAGGAGAUGGAGGAGUGUAUCGAUCGGGACCCAGCUGGACAGGUCCCUGUGAGCUGGCCUGGGUCCUUGGUGGGUGGGUGAGUGCCAGCUUGCCCUCGCGGGACUUUGCCCCCUGAGCAGGAGGGACAGCUCAGGCCCCACCUGCCUUGGGUUUCUGAGCAUAGCUUUGGGGGGCAGGGGUCGUUUGCAGCACGGAGCCCUUGUCAGCUUCCAGCGUGUUCUAACAUUUGUCAUACCAGAUGGGUUGUCACGAGCGUAUGGGGUGACAUUAUUAUUCUGUUACUCCCAUGAUGACAGAGCCAAGGGCUGGGGAGAGGGACCCAGUUCAGCCUGACCCAGCCCAGGGCCCUUCUCCACCCUCACAGCUUCUUGACACCCCAUUCCCCAAACCCGGGUCCCCAAUGCCCGGGGACUCGGCUGCCCCCGCCCCACCCCCGGGAGAAGAGCCCUGUCCUCCCUAGCCGUGCCGGAGGGUGGAGAGUUCUGUCAACCAGCGCUGUUUCCUUAUCAACAAGGACAUGUCUACAAAUAGCUUGUCACGUCUCCAAUCCCAAGUGCUGUGUCGUUUCAAAAAUGAGCGGAGCCAACGCAGCCGCCGCCAGCCCGGCCUCGGCUACCUGGGCAAGGCUGCCGGCUCAUGAAUAUUCAUGGCUCGGAUGGCGCCUCCGAGCCUCCUAACCAUCCGGAAUUAAACCAACGA